AUGACAAAUGAAAACUCAUUAAAACUCCAAUGGAAUUUCGCAGAUGAGGAAGAGGAGGAAGAAGAGGAGCUCACAACCGACAACGAUGGCUCUUACGAGGAUUACCAGACACCACUCUAUCCAGGCGGUGAAUUCAAUUGGAUUGUAGAGCCGGCGGACCAUAAGAAGCCAGCCGGAAGAUCAAUUUCUGUGGUUGUGGGCGAAAUGAUAAGCAACAGAUCGCGGAGUUCAUUGCAUGGCCGUUCUCGGUCCAGUUCCCGUUCGCCACAGCCGACUACGGAACGACAACAGAAAACAGUCGCAUUUCGAGACAAUCUUGCAGAUUGUGACGUAGAAGGAGAUAAGCUAACCAACUCUUCGCAGAAUAACGGCAGAGAACGCAAAAUGUCUUUGGUUGGUAAGCCUUUGGCUUACAAAAAUUACCGCACUGACCAACGCUUCCGCAGAAUACAAAGUAAAAUGCAUAACUUCCUAGAAAGGCCAAGAGGAUGGAAAGCAGCCAGUUAUCAUUUGGCAGUUCUUGUUAUGGUUCUUAUGUGCCUUGCUCUCUCAGUCUUUUCAACUAUGCCUGAUUUUGAACAUGAAGCCACAUUGGUUCUUUAUUGGCUAGAAAUAAUUUUUGUCAUAUGGUUAGCUGUUGAAUAUAUCUGUAGAGUAUGGUCAGCAGGCUGUCGCUCUAGGUAUAGAGGCUUAUCCGGACGUAUACGAUUUGCUACAAGUGCAUAUUGUGUCAUUGAUAUAAUUGUGAUAUUGGCUUCCAUUACGGUGUUAUGUAUAGGGGCGACUGGUCAAGUUUUCGCAGCCUCAGCUAUACGGGGAUUACGAUUUUUUCAAAUUUUGCGUAUGCUCCGAAUUGAUCGUCGAGCUGGAACAUGGAAAUUGUUGGGUUCGGUUGUGUGGGCACAUCGUCAAGAGCUUUUAACAACAGUAUAUAUCGGCUUUCUCGGCCUCAUAUUUUCUUCUUUCCUAGUUUAUUUGUGUGAGAAGAACACAAAUGACAAGUAUUCAACAUUCGCCGACGCGCUAUGGUGGGGUGUGAUUACGUUGUCCACCGUAGGAUAUGGUGAUAAAACACCUGAAACAUGGCCAGGCAAGAUAAUUGCUGCUUUCUGUGCCUUACUUGGAAUUUCAUUUUUCGCUUUACCAGCGGGUAUUCUCGGAUCAGGUUUUGCUCUAAAAGUUCAACAGCACCAACGUCAGAAACACCUCAUUCGUCGUAGAGUGCCAGCUGCGAGACUAAUCCAAUGUCUUUGGCGUCAUUACUCUGCUGCUCCAGAAAGUUGCUCACUAGCUACAUGGAAAGUGCAUUUAGCUCCUUCAGUCAGCCCCAUGCCACAUGUCAAGCAAACUCCAAAUGGAAAUCAAAAUAGUUUAAUUAGCCGGUUAAGGCAAAGUACGAAGCGUCGUUUGAACAAUAAUAAUGGUCCUGAAAUUGAAGUUACGGGUACUGGGACACCAACCGGAAAUAGUCUAACUGCUCAUUCAGGGAAAUCACUUUUGGUUCCUCGUCCCCAUGAUAAUAUCAGCAUAGUCUCAACUUCUGAUAUAUCGGAACUGGAAUCUCUCGGUGCUUUGGGAUUCUCCUUAGGAAACUGGCGAUCAAAAAGUAGUAAAACAAACCGGAAAUCUGCAGAUGAUGCAGCUUUACAUUCGAGAAUCACCAAUAGCAAUAGCUUAGGAAAUAUGGAUUUAGAUGAAGAAAUACAAUCUCUUCAACCACGAACAUUAGAAGAAUAUACUCCUGUUUUGAAAAAUGUUAUUCGUGCUAUACGACGCAUUCAGUUGCUCGUCGCCCGGAGGAAGUUCAAAGAAGCUUUGAAGCCUUAUGACGUUAAAGAUGUUAUUGAACAGUAUUCUGCUGGACACGUCGACUUACAAUCUCGAGUCAAAACUGUCCAACAGCGACUGGACAUUCUAGUAGGGAAAACCGUUGACAAAAACGAUGCUAAAGUUUCUGUUGUUCACCGUGUUAGCCAUAUCGAACGACAGGUUGAUAAACUGGAUAAGAAAAUGGAUCUCGUUAUCGAAAUGCUGUUAACAGAUAGGAGGCAGCGAGGAGCCCCGGUCGGAGAGAUUCGAAACAGUCACUCGCCUCCACAUAGCGCUAACGCUCGUUUCGACGGGGUUGGUACAGGGAAUCCGUUGCUUCACGCUUUGAAGCAAAGACAAAUGUCGGAGACCCGUGGACCUCAAUAUGAUAUAUCCACGAUGAAGAAUAGUUUAGCAAGUACGGAAACUCUAGAAAUGUUCACCGCACGAUCUCAACAACAUAGCAAUCUAUGUUUAGAAUCUUCCCCCUUAUUAGCCGAUGAGGAUGACAUUGAUGCUGUUCCUUGA